CCAUCAACCUUCACUCCGACCAGCAGGCUCAGAGACAUGAAGCAGCGCUUCUCCUCGCUCGACCUUAAGGCCGCCGCUGCAGAAAUCAAUGCAAAACUCCAGGACACGCGGUUGGCCAACAUCUACGACCUCAGCUCCCGCACCUUCCUUCUCAAAUUUCAGAAGAAUGCCAUCAAGCACAACGUCGUCAUUGACCCCGGGUACCGUGUCCAUACAACCGCUUUUGCACGCGAGACAUUUGCUCAACCGAGCAACUUUUGUGCAAAGCUUCGCAAGCAUGUGCGAACGAGACGCAUCACCCACGUCAAGCAACUCGGUAGCGAUCGUGUGCUCAUCUUUACCUUUGGCGGUGGCGAGAAUAAUGCAGACCCAGACAGGUCAAGUCAUCUGCUCGUUGAGUUCUAUGCAGGUGGUAACGUCAUCUUGACGGAUGGACACUUCAAGAUUCUCGCUUUACAGCGUGUUGUGGGCGAAGAUGAAGGACAGAAAGUGGCCGUCGGCGAGACUUACGAUGUUGGUAGACGGCUAGGCACAGAGUUUGAUGUCAUUUCUCGUGAGAGGCUCCUUUCUGCCUUGACUGUCAAGGAAGUGUCGGCAGCUCCCGAGAUAUCUGGCAAGGCCACAAGGAAGCAAAAAGGGGCCGGUACGCUCAAGAAAGUGCUGACAGUCAGCCUAUCACAUUAUGGGGCUGCUCUUGUUGAGCAUUGUAUCCUUGACGCUGGUUUAGACCCUUCAGCCGCAGCUACGCCAGACAUGGCAGAUGCCCUUCAACCUGCUUUUGAGAAAGCUGAUGCGAUCGUACAAGCGCCAGCGCAUCCAGGUUUCAUUGUGACCAAGAUGGAUGGCGAUCAUGAAGUAUACGAUGAUUUCCAACCAUUCCUGCCAUUACAAGUCCAGCGAGCUGGGCUCAAGACUCUUUCCUAUGAGACAUUCAACGAUGCUGUUGACGCCUACUUCUCUUCAAUCGAGUCGCAGAAGCUUGAUCAACGCGUCAGACAGCAAGAGGCCACGGCUGCCAAGAAGAUUGCAGCAGUUCACGAUGAGCACAAGCGCAAAAUUGAUGGUCUAGUAGAGGCUCAGACGACAUCAGCACAGAAGGCAGCAGCUUUGGAGGGCUCUCAGGGGAUUGUCGAUGAAGCGAUUGCGGCAGUCAAGCUGCUUCUUGAACAAGGUAUGGACUGGGUGGACAUGGAGAAGAUGAUUCGCAGUGAAGCCAAAGCGGGCAAUCCAGUCGCAAGCGUCAUUCGACUGCCUCUGAAGUUGAAAGAAAACAAAAUCACAGUUUCUGUGCCGGCGUUAGAUGCACUGUACGAGAACGAGGAAUCAGAAACUGACGAGGAAGACAGUCCACGAGAAUUGGUCGUUGAUGUUGACCUCGCCCAUUCGGCUUUUGCCAAUGCUAGAAAUUAUUACGCCGUGCGUCGCACUGCAAUGACCAAGGAGGAAAAGACACAACAGUCUUCCAAAAAGGCGCUGCGUUCAACACAGAAGAAGGUAGAAAACGACUUGCGCAAGCAGCUCAAGGAGAAGACAACCAUCAAGCCUAUCCGCAAGAUCUACUGGUUCGAAAAGUUCCUUUGGUUCAUCUCCUCCGAGGGCUACCUGGUCCUUGGCGGACAUGAUGCACAGCAGAACGAGGCACUUUACAAGAAGCAUUUUUCGCAGGGUGACAUCUACGUCCACGCUGAUUUGACUGGAGCGGCUACAGUCAUCAUCAAGAACACUGCAGCUGAUCAGCCUAUUCCUCCAACAACACUCUCACAGGCUGGUACAUUGUCUGUCGCCACCAGCAGCGCAUGGGAUGCAAAGAUGGUCAUUUCAGCUUACUGGGUCAAUUUCGAUCAAGUUUCCAAGACUGCACCAACAGGCGAGUAUCUCACCACAGGUAGUUUCAUGAUACGAGGCAAAAAGAAUUUUCUUCCACCGUCUAAGCUUGAGCUUGGCUACGGCAUGUAUUUUGUUGUGGAUGAAACCUCAAGAGACCGUCACAUCAAACUCAAGGCGGCAAAGCAGGAGGAGGAUAAGCAGUUCGACACGGCGCCUAAGUCUUUUAAGGCACCUGCAGCAAAUACAAAUGCCCAUGAAGGGUAUGAAGAUACAACAGCUGCAACGAGUUCGCCGCCUGCUGAGUCUACGCUGGUCAGUGAGAUUCCAGAGACAUCAGGAGCUGCAAGCAAGGACCCUGCAGACAAGUACAACCUCGAAGAACAUGGUGCAAUUGACGAGGCACCGGCGCCCAAGUCGUUUUCUGGUAAAGCUCAGCAUACAACAGCAAAGCAGAAGCGAGAACGGCGAAAAGGAAAGUCAGAUGUCCCCGACAAGGCGGAGACUAGGGCGCCACUGCCUCAACAGGCCCAAACACCGUCAAAGCAGGAAGUCAAGCUGACACGCGGUCAGAAGGCGAAGAAGAAGAAGCUUGCCAAAUAUGCCGACCAAGACGAGGAUGACAAGGAGCUCGCGCAACAGCUGCUUGGCAUUCAAAUCAAGUCUGAUCACAAGUCAGAGUCGGAGGACGAAUCAGCAGCCCGCUCAAAGCCAGCAAGUGGACCACCAAAAUUGAAAAAGGAAGGCUCUGCAGCGGAAGUCGCCCGCAUCUUGAAGGACGAAAAGAUCCCUCAACUCGAUGAAGAAGAGCAGGAUUUGAUCACUCCGCUCGAUAUUCUCGUGCCGAUGCCCUUGUCGGACGAUGUCUUGCUAGACGCAAUACCUACUUGCGCUCCAUAUGGUGCUUUACAAAAGUUCAAGUACAAAUGCAAGCUGCAGCCUGGUGGGGCUAAGAAGGGCAAAGCACUCAAAGGUGUUGUUGCUGGUUGGUGUUCGCAGCCAGUCGAUGAGAGUUCGCAAGACAAGGAGAGGCUGUGGCCAAGAGAGAAAGAGCUUAUGAAGAGUCUCAAAGAUCAAGAGAUCAUCUCUUGCGUCGGCGUCAAGGCAAUCAAAGUAAGUGGUCUGGACAAACGACCGCGCAAGUAGUCUUUGCUCUUGUGUUGUCUUGCUUGUGGCAAGACGCCGAGGCUCGUGCGGUAGUCUACUGUCCAGUGCUAUCGCUUUCUGCAGGACUGAGGCUGGGCGCUUUCAUCAUUGCUCACCCCUCCGAGCAUGGAGUCAAUUGUAAGGACAAACCAUACAUGACUAGUACUAUAAUUUGUCUUUUACCCCGUACUCAUCUGCAUGGCGCGCUGGCAAACAUAUUUGUAAUUUCGACCCAAGUGGACGCUCUCGUAUGCUUCCGCGCGAUUCUUUACAAGCGAAGCUCGCCCUCUGCUACAAUGCCAU